AUGAUCUUUAUACCAAAGCACGGCAUCUUCCUCGUCGGCCUGCUUGGAGCUUUGCCCAAGGGAAGUGCUAUUCCUGCUCCGCAAAUGGGAGACUAUGGCGAGAAUAAGGGGCCCGUUGGAGGUGUCAGCCCACCCAUUUCAUCCGUGACCGCUCCCACCGGCAGCCUUAGAGGAGAUGCUUCGCUUCUUGGGGGUAACGCUCCGCUUCCCGACCCCGACAAGUCCGAUUCCGCCGUUGUCAACGACGUUCAGCUUGUCCCUGGCCAGAAAGCUGAUGGUAAACUCGGACUUUACCUCAACUUUGACGGCGUUGAUGUUCCCCAGCCCAUCCGCGGAGAGCUGGGCUCACCGGAUCCAGGUCCAAGAACCUAUGCGUACGAGAAGCUAAACCCCGAUAUCUUCGCCCCGCCAGGCACCGAUAAAGGCGAUGUAGAGAACGCGAUGUGGCCCCUAGGACUUUCACACAAUCGUCUUGGGAGCCAACCAGGGGCCGGCUGGGCCCGCCAACAGAACACCGACGUGCUUCCCAUUGCCUCGCGCAUGGCCGGAGUCGAUAUGAGGUUGCAGCCCAACGCCUACCGCGAAUUGCACUGGCAUAGGUCAGCCGAGUGGGCACUCAUGCUCAAGGGUACUUGUCGUAUUGCCGCGAUGAAUGAGGACGGUAAAAGCUUUGUAGACGAUAUAACCGCUGGUGACGUUUGGUUCUUCCCCAAGGGUGUUCCUCACAGCAUCCAGGCAUUUGACCAGGGCGCCGAAUUUCUUCUUGUUUUUGAUGAUGGAGGAUUCAGCGAGGAGGAUACCUUCCUUGCCUCUGAGCUUUUCCUCCGAAAUCCUCUGUCGGUGCUUUCGAAGAAUUUCAAAGCAGAUAUAUCUGCAUUUGAUAAAAUACCAAAAGACCAGCUCUAUAUCUUCAACGGCACACCCCCACCCAAGGAUAUCCAAGAACAGAACCAAACCUCUUCGGCUGGGUCUCUGGUCGGCGCAGACUCCUACACCUAUCACUGGUCACAACAAAAGCCGUAUCAGGUCCCUGGAGGCUCCGUCAAAAUCCUUGACCCUCAGACAUUCCCCAUCGCCAGUAACUUCUCCUCCGCCCUUGUGGUCGUCCAACCGGGAGCCAUGCGUGAGAUCCACUGGCACACCACCAGCGACGAGUGGAACUACUUCCUCCAGGGUUCCGGGCGCAUAACAAUCUUUGAAGCUCCCGAAGCCUCUCGCACCUUUGACUUCACGGCUGGCGACAUAGGCUACAUCAGGGUCGGCGACAGUCAUUACAUCGAAAACACCGGCACCGAGGACGUCAUCUUUCUCGAGGUCCUCCAGGCUCCGAGAUUCUCAGACAUUAGCGUUGCUCAGUGGUUGGCUCUCACUCCCAAACAGGUCGUCAAAGAUACUCUCAACCUCCCGGAUGAUGUGAUUGAUGCUCUGCCUCGCGAGAAGGAGUUUAUCAAGGUUGGGAACCCUAACAUGACAGCGCUGGCAUCCGGCGGGAAAAAUUUCAAGAGACGCUUCCAGGCUUGA